CCCCCCCUCUAUAGCCGAGGAUCGCCGGCUGGCUGGCUGUCGGCGGCGGCGGCGCACCUUCCCGGAUCUUCCUUGGAGCUUGUCGCAGCAGGCGGGACCGCAGGAGGGAGCGAGCCCCCAAUGCGAGAAUGGCGUCUCCGCCGGCUCGAGAGCUCACGCAGAACCCCCUGCAGAAGAUCUGGGUGCCUUAUAACAACGGGCUGCCUGCAAAGCACAGCGCGCAGCGAGGCGUAUGUAUGACCAACUGCCCUACGCUGAUUGUUAUGGUUGGGCUCCCAGCAAGAGGGAAGACCUACAUCUCAAAGAAAUUGACACGCUACUUAAACUGGAUUGGAGUACCCACAAAAGAAUUUAAUGUUGGUCAGUAUCGGCGAGACUUGGUAAAAACAUACAAGUCUUUUGAGUUCUUCCUGCCAGACAAUGAAGAAGGCCUGAAAAUCCGAAAACAGUGUGCUUUAGCAGCACUGAAUGAUGUUCGGCGAUACCUUUGUGAAGAAAAUGGGCAUGUGGCAGUUUUUGAUGCCACAAACACAACAAGGGAACGCAGAGAAACCAUCUAUAAGUUUGGGGAGGAAAAUGGGUAUAAGACUUUCUUCGUGGAGUCAGUAUGUGUUGAUCCAGAAGUCAUUGCUGCAAAUAUUGUGCAAGUGAAGCUGGGAAGUCCUGAUUAUGUUGACUGUGGUAGCGAUGAAGCUGCAGAAGACUUCAUGAAAAGAAUUGAGUGUUACAAGAAUUCAUACGAGACGCUAGAUGAAAAUCUAGACAAGGAUCUUUCUUAUAUUAAAAUAAUGGAUGUUGGACGGAGUUACCUCGUGAACCGAGUAAUGGACCACAUUCAGAGUCGGAUUGUUUACUACCUCAUGAAUAUCCACGUAACUCCUCGCUCCAUCUACCUCUGUCGGCAUGGUGAAAGUGAACUCAAUCUAAAGGGAAGAAUAGGAGGAGACACCGGGCUGUCUCAUAGAGGGAAAAAGUUUGCCAAGAGUUUGGCACAGUUCAUUAAUGAGCAAAACAGCAAAGAUCUGAAAGUAUGGACGAGCCAGAUGAAAAGGACCAUUCAGACUGCAGAGGCUUUGGGAGUGCCUUACGAACAGUGGAAAGUUCUGAAUGAAAUAGAUGCGGGAGUCUGUGAAGAAAUGACAUAUGAAGAAAUUCAGGAACAUUAUCCAUUAGAAUUUGCUUUGAGAGACCAGGACAAAUACAGAUAUAGAUAUCCUAAGGGGGAGUCAUACGAAGAUCUUGUUCAAAGGUUGGAGCCAGUGAUUAUGGAGUUGGAAAGGCAGGAAAAUGUGCUUGUAAUCUGUCACCAAGCUGUUAUGCGCUGUCUACUUGCUUACUUUCUGGACAAGCCUGCAGAACAACUGCCUUAUCUCAAGUGCCCACUGCAUACUGUCUUAAAGCUAACCCCAGUGGCUUAUGGUUGCAAGGUGGAAUCUAUAUUUCUGAAUGUUGAAGCUGUAAAUACGCACAGAGACAAACCACAGAAGGAAGCCUCCCACUGAAUUCUCUGGCAUGCUGAAAGUUGGGAUGACUGUACUUAAUAAGAGGCUACUAGCUGCGUGGGGAGGUGUCUACGUGAUUUGCCAAUCAAGAGAGCCAUGUAUCCCACCCCCACCCCCGUCUCUCAUGUAUGCACUAGGCCUGGGUGAUGAAUCAAUACAUUGGCCAGGACUGUUUUGAGGGCCAGAGAGCGAUGGUGCCUUCAUCUUGGUGAUAUAUCGCUGGUGAAACCCUUGCCGCUCCUGAGUCAGGAUAACAAUAAUGUGCUGGUCAUGCCUCUUGAUGUUAUUGGAUUCAAGUAUGACAAAAUGGUGCAUAUUUAUAGCCCAAGUUAUGAGGUCAAACAAAAGUAUAACCUGCGCAGGAUAAAUGGCCUGCUCAAAUACGAAGUCGGGCGUCUUAUAUCUUGUUGCUCUUACAUGUGUGGGUUUGGUGAACAUUAGAAUAAAAAUCAAGGACUAUGUAUAAUGCAUUGCAAGAUAUAUUUAUGUAGACUGAACCAAUGGUAAUUAUUCUGGAAGUUUUUUAAUAAGUCCCUUGAGAAACAGUAACCAAAGUGAGCUAGUAUAGUGUCAUUGGUUUGAAUGGCCUGGGGUGAUGAUAGGAUUGUAAGCUCCCAAACAUGUCAUUAUUUCUACUAGCGAAUUAGCACACAAAUGCCUAAUUAUAUACCAUUAAAAAUAGAGGAAAAUGUGCUAUGUUUGCUCCUUUGUGAUGCUAGAAAAUGACCAGAUCUUCAUUAUCUACCUAUUUUUUGUGAUGUCAUCACCUUCUGCACAUGGUCUCUGACUUACUGGCAUCACUUGAGGAGAAAUAGAACAAGAGGUCAUGUGCAGUGGCGCAUUUAAUUUGAGCAUUUUUUAAAAUGGAGCUUGUAGUGGAUUUUGGAGCUUCAGGUAAAUGCUCUGCAAAACAAAGGAAAUUGUUUUAUUCUCUGACAACUCAUCAUCUUCAUGCCUGCUUCACUUGCGUUUCAUGGAAUCUUCUCUCCUUCAUGACAACAUUAUGACACUCUUUAACUGCACGGUGCUUUCAUAAUACAGCGUAUGUCAUCUGAGUGAAUUUGGCAGCUAAUUAUACGACUCCACUUCGGGGAAAUAACAGUGCCUCAAUUGUGACAGUCUGUAGCCUUGUAUUCAGGUGAUGUUAUGGUGAGCAGUGAUGCAGAGCAGACAGCAAGCUGUUCAAUGAAAGCCCUAAAAACUGCCACAGUUAGGCAUUGUGCUGCAGUUGUGCUGCCACCCAAUUGUUUGCUUAACUCAAUACAGUAUUUUCAUUGCGUUAAGUCGCUCUGUUGGAUCUGAAUGCUGUGUGUUUUAGCAGCUUUAACAGUGUUGCCUUACUCUUUUGAUCAAGGAGUGUUUCGCAAAUGACUCAUCCAUGGCCACUUGGUUGGUAGGCAGCUGUUAACGGCUUCUAUUUAAACUGUGUGUGAAUAAAAAGGUGAGAGAGAAGCUUUUCUGCACAUGCUGAAGCGUUUAAGAAACACUCAUUCUGUCAAAUGUGCAAGUCCUUGAAAGGCAACCAUGUGUUUCUUGUUUCUUUGUUUGGGUUGGUUGAUGCAGCGGCACAAUACCAGCAUUCAGUUCUGAUCUGGCUUCAUGGUGCAUAAUUGUGUGAAACUGCAGGAAGAACAGAACCUGGAUGAAAACAUUAGAAUAUAUUUUUGAGGUUUAGGAUUGGUUUCUGUCAGCUGCUCAGUGUCUCAUAGGUUUGGGUAGCAGGGUCUCUGGCUUAUCAUAAAUGAACAUCUUUUGGUUACUGUAGGUAUCCUCUUGACAGUGAUAAGAUUGUCCUUUAGGACUGAGCAGUAACUCUAUUUUUAGUGAUGUUUCAUGGGAGAUUUUUUACCAUGUUCUUGCCAUCAUAUUCUUGAUUAUGGCAAAAUGAUACUGGAUAUCAAAUGAAUCAAAGUGGCCACUAAGACAUUUUUCCAAGGCUGCUCACAAUUUUAGCCAGCCUUGGCUGCCAAAUUCCUGUUUUACAAUGUUUGGAUACUGAAAGUAAGUAGGUAUUGUAAGCUGUACAGUUUUGGGUAGCAGGUUUAACGAUGUUUUGUCACAAUAAGAAUACAAGCCGGCCAUAUACAUGUCUUCCAAUAUUACUAGCCAACCGGUGUACACACACAGGGGUGCAGUUCCCUACUCACAUAGUUGGGAGUAAAUCCCAUAGAACACAGUUUCACCUGUUUCUUACUAAACAGGUAUAGGAUUGAUUGCACAUAAAAGCAAGCCCGAGAGUAAGGAACUAUGGUAAUGCCAGCACGUUCCAGGAACCCUCUUUGUUGUGAGUUAUUUUGGGGUUAGUCUGAAAGUUUGUUUGGGCCAUGGAUGAGAGCCAGGAGGCUGAGAGGUGUUGUAGAUGGUGAAUAUGCUGUCUGUAAAUAUUUAUUAGUAAUUUCUGUUAACUGUUUCAUAUGAGGGUCCCCCCUUUCUGUAGACUGCUUAAAGAUCUUUUUAUAUAUUCAGUGGUAAGGAAGUGCUCUAAAGGAAAUGAAUAAAUAAAUAAA